AUGACGAAGCGCACAAAGAAGGUCGGCGUUACCGGUAAAUAUGGUACUAGAUAUGGUGCCUCGCUCCGUAAGCAGGUGAAGAAGAUGGAGAUCUCCCAACACGCCAGAUACACCUGCACUUUCUGCGGCAAGCCCACCGUCAAGAGAACAGCCGUUGGAAUCUGGGAGUGCCGCUCUUGCAAGAAAACCGUUGCCGGAGGUGCCUGGACUGUUGCAACCCCUGCUGCCGUUGCCACACGAUCAACCAUCCGUCGUCUUCGUGAAAUUGCGGAAGUUUGA